CUUCAACUCCACCUCUCACAUGUUCAAUACCAGGAACUGGGACAGACUCAGCAUGAUUUCCAAAUCCUUCUCAAACCUGCACCAAGGAUUAAACUAGAAGCAAAGCUGGGAGCAAAUUAAACAAGCGAUUCUUUUCUGCGCUUCUCUUCAACACUUUCGGGAUAUGUUCUCCAGACAACACUUAAAGCUCCUACUUCUUGGAAACUCAGGCGUAGGGAAGUCAGCCCUGAUGAACCAGUAUGUGAACAGUCGAUUCAGUAAUCAUUACAGAGCAACCAUUGGCGCAGACUUUCUAACGAAGGAAUUACGAGUUGAUGACAAAUACGUGACCGUACAAAUCUGGGAUACAGCAGGCACUGAGCGCUUUCAGUCCCUUGGUGCGGCGCUGUACAGGGGGACCGACUGUUGCUUGCUUGUGUUUGAUGUCGCCUCCAUUAGCUCAUUUGAAGCGCUAGAUAUGUGGCAGAAAGAGUUCCUGGUACAAGCGGAUCCUCCAGCCCCAGAACAAUACCCCUUUGUGGUGAUCGCCAACAAAACAGACAUAGAAAGCAGACAGGUUUCUGCACGGCAGGCGCAGGAUUGGUGUAAAACCUGCAGCGCAGAAUAUUUUGAAACCAGUGCUAAAGAAGCUUCAAAUGUGGAGACGGCAUUUCUUGGAGCAGUAAGGAAAGCCAUGAAACACCACCAGGAUCCAGACCGGCAAUUAGACUUGGAAUCUUUUACCCUCUUCAGACAGAACGGAAAUGACAUGCAGAAACAGAAAUGUGAUUGUUAAAUGACUCUGCAUUCCACAGUUAUGGUUGGAUAUGUUACUAGGUCAACCAUUAUCAUUGGACGAUUCGAAUGAUAUCAUUUUAAGGAGAACAUUGCUUAGACAAUUCUUAUGGAACUUAAGUCUACUCAAGACGUAUUCAAGAAAGGAAUUCUGCAUUUUACUGGUAGAGAUCAUACAAGUGACAAUGACAGGAAGAGGAUUUGAUUUAGUUGUUAUAUUGGGCAAAAAAAAGUAUUUGUGGUUUUAAAUGUAGCAGCAUUUUUGCUACUUGUUUCUUUAGUUUUUACAUAUUAAUAAAUCAUGGUUACUGUCUGAAGUAAUCAUUUUUUUGUAUUCUAAAGGAACUUGCUAGUGGAAAAAAAUAUGCUGAAAUUUGUUAGUAAAAGAAGGGAAUGUGUUAAAAAAAUAAAUAAUAUAUGUUUAAAA